AUGGCGCCGCCCGUGCUCCCGAACCCGUCCAACUUCCUGGCUGUGGCACUGGUGAUUAACAGGUCUCGUGACGGCCCCAACUUCGUCUUCCACUACCCGCCACAUGUCUUGCCGCCCAACGCCCAGUCCAAGAAUCACGAGCAAGCUGAUGGGUCAGCCGAAUAUGACGACAUACUGCUGGAGCGUUUGAAUCAGCCCGGCUCGCUUGAUGCCGACAACAAUGGCGACGACCUCCAGCAAUGGACCGCUGGAGACGACCACCUAAUCACUGAUGAAGGCACACAGAUUGUGCCCUGGGAGCAUGUGGCCGGCUUUCCCACCAAGGACCUCGCCAGCAUCUUGACGCCGGGGAGAGCCUACCACAAAAAGCUCUUUCAACUCUCUCUGGAUCCCCUAUACUGCGUCUCUUAUCCCAUACACGUCCCUGAGAGCGGGACGUGGAAGAAAAAGAAAAAGAAGAAGGGCAAGGCAGAAAGGGCCAAAUCAGUACGGACAGAGGAAUCCGCGGUGCUGGUCGAUUUCGACCCCAACGAGGACAAUGAAGAUACGCCCAAUGGCGCUGAUGUGUCGCAGGCGGAGUCAAAGGAGGAGGAAAAGCUUCCGCAAGACGAGACCGACGACAAGCGCGCUUCCAUGACGAUGUUCAACCUAGUCUUCAUUUUGAACCCGAAGAAGCACGAAGCAAAGGAGCUAAUUGCUACCCUGUACCUCAACAUCAUCAAGAAGGUCAACAAGGCCUACAAGUACUGUCAACAACACAGCGAGUUUGUAUGGAAGGAGUCGAAGCGCAUAUCGGCCUUGAAAGACAAGGGCCGAGAAGACAAACGCAAAAUGAGCUCCCUAUGGAACGAGAUUCUGGCGACGUCUUCACUCGCAGCCUCUGUCCAGGACAUUUACGAGGCCGUCUCCCAGAACAAGAUUGCGGCUCUCCAACUUGACACGGCCGCUGGGCCAAUCACCCCAUCUGUCCAGAUCCCGGUGCCGUUCUACAUCACGGAUCUGCACAAUUAUGGGCAGACGGAGCAGAGAGGUCUCUGGCUGACGACAGCCAACUCUUUCAUUGGCGAAGACACCAUCGAUGAGCCCGGGUUUAUGGAUCGCAACUUUGCGUUGCUGCUUAUGGGCGACGAGAAGAAGAUCAUUGCCGAAUUACAGGCAGAUCCGGAUCCUAGCACCGUCGCCAUGGUUGAGUUUGCCCGUUUAUCGAAGCCAACGCAGUCAUUCUACCAAGUUGGCCAGAGUAACGUCCUGACGUUAAGCCAGGUACGCAAGUACGCCCAGCACUUCAUCUUCUGGCGCCGUGCCAUCGCCAUCCCCCCUCUUCACGCCCGCGACAUAUACAUCAUGUCGCCAAACUGCGACACACGCAACCUUCCUAAGGCAAGCCUUGAAUGGCAAAGGACAUUUCCCCUGGCACCGCCGCUUACAAACUUCCUGGCCGAGUUGUCAUACGCCCCGCGACCGUAUAAACACUUUUGCCCGAGUAAGGCCCAUCGCCCAACGUAUCUCGACAUGCUCGCCUGGCUCAUGCGCGGCGCCUGGGUGACGCAGCUAUGCACGUUCGCCUACGUUGUUGUCUGGCCCGAAAUCAUCUACGAAGUCGAGCACAAGAUCGAAAGCGACGAGCUGCGCAAGGCCGAAGACACAACCUCCCUUAGCACUAGUAACAACACACUGAGCAGCUUGGGUCUCGACACUCUUGACAAGCAUUCCGAGGCCGAUGGUGACAACGGCGGCGGCUUGGGCGGCAGCGGCAGCAGUAGCAACAACAACAGCGGCAUAGGGGCGCAUGUGCCGACGCAAAUCGAACAGGCGGCAGAGAAGGCGCGCUUGGAGCGCAUUGCCGAGAAGACGCAGCGCGAAGCCGCGGAAAAGGCAACGGCGCACGCGCGCAAGAUGCUGCCGGCCGCGACGGAUCACCCGUCGACCAACGACGCGCCGCACCUGGCGCGCAUGUCACCCUACAUCAUUGUGGACGCCAAGAAGGCGACGGGCAAGGAGUCAUUGUAUCUCGCGGCCAUCGCCAACCGGCUCGGCAAGGACCCAAAGGUCGCCAAGGCGUGGCAGGCCUUUUGGAAGUACUUUAAUGGACAGACGGCGCUCGAGAGGAUCGCGUUGCAGGAGGACAUGAAACGUAAGGAGGCAUGGAAUCUGCUGACGGCGAUGAGCGAGCACCUUCUCUGCGUAAGACACUGGUAG